AUGUCGCCAAGAGUACAAGGCAAAGGAAAGGGUCCAAUGAGAGGUGAACCAUCAGGACAUGUAGGACCUUCCCAUAGCCGCACUCCGUCUGCGUCAUUUUCUAGCUCAAAUUCCCAUGACCAAUGGGGUCAUUCGUUUGAACCUGCGAGACACUCGGUCUCGUUGAGUUCAUCACCCUCUUUUCAUCCAUCAUAUGGGCCGCCUAUUCCAGACGAGCCCCAGCAUUCCCUCCACUCUCAUGUUUCACAUCAUUCACAAGAUUCCCAUCAAUCCUACCAUUCCUUGCAUUCUCAUUCUUUCCAUCACUCGGAUUCUACCUACUCUCCAGCCCAGUUCAACCCCAAUGAUUAUGUCAACGAUUUUCUGGGUUUCAAUCCUCUAGGAACCGAGGAUCACUUCUCCCAGGAGAUGGAAAUGGAUGACGACCCGGACCCAGAACUGCAAACCGGAACACCGGGCCACCCUAUCAGCAUCUCGAGCGGUUCUCCAUAUCAAGGAUCGCCAUAUCGUGGGCCCGAUUCGUUUGCCAAAAGGUGGAACCAACAUGAAUGGGCAUUUACCCCUUCAUAUCAUAAUUCUCCUGCUCAACUUCCUUUGGAUGAACCACAUCUCCAAGCAGUUUCUCCACCACCCCUUCCUGUUGAGGAGCCACCUCAACAACCACCUCAACCACCUCCCGAGCCGCCGAGGCGAAGAAGGAAUGCAUGGAUUUCUGUGCGAGGGGGACCACGGUUCAGUUCCACUCAAGGUUCAGGCUCAUACCCUCCAAUUCCCGAGGACCCCCAAAUGGGUGGACCCUCGCACGCGGUGCCGGAAAACAAUCCUCCGCCGGUUUCUUAA